GAACUGUGGCAACGUCUCCAAGAUGCUUCAAGAAACGUGUCUGCAAAGCUACAGUUCUGUUAAAAGUUUUAAUGUAGCUCUAAACAGCCCUUUAAGUCCACCCAUCAGUAGUAGUCAAGUCAAGUCAAGUCACCUUUAUUUAUAUAGCGCUUUUAACAAUACAGAUUGUGUCAAAGCACUUAACAGUAUCAAAUUGGAGGACAGAGUGUCAGUAAUGUAUAAUGAUAAGAUUAAACACUCAAUUUUCAGUUAAAGGCAUUUCAUUAUUGAAUUCAGAGAUGUCAUUGUCUAGCUCAGUUUAGUUUAAAUAGUAUCUGUGCAAUCAAAUCGGUGAUAAUCGCUAGAAAUUAAGUGUCCCCAACUGAGCAAGCCAGAUCACUACACUCUCUGCCUUUUUCAGACUUCCUAUCACAUUUGCAUUAGCUUUGUGGUGCAGGGCUAGAAUUAUGUCAUGACUAAAGUCCAGGCCAGAUGAGAUAUUGUACUUACGCUUAAGUACCUUAACCAGUUAGUAAAAUCCACACUGCCGACCACAUGAAAUGGGUCACAAAUCACUGUUCUGAUCAUUAUUUGUAUCGCUUUUUUUUUUUUCCAAUACGCAAAAAACCAUUUCUAAAUCAGCAGGUAGGUUACUUGUUAUUAUGCACAACAUAAACACAUUCAUGAAUACUUCUAUUUAUUACCGUGUUUUUUUUUUUUUUUUUUAAUUGAUCUUAUCUUAUGAAAGGGAAGAUAUUUUUAUAUGUCCUGGUUACAGUGCCCAGGUUUGUGUUUUAUAGAGCUCGGGUGAUUAGGAGGAGUGGCAAAGUGCGACUACGGAGCAAAGUGACUCUACGGAGCAAAGUGACUCUACAGAGCAAACUGAAGAGACUUUCUGGUAAAACAUAUUAUAUACUUACAUUAAAUUUGACUAACUCUACACAAAUACCUAUCUUUGCAUUAUGUCUGCAUUUUGUUGUAGUUGUUUUUUAACUAAAUAUUAAUUGAUUUCUUGGUAACACUUUAGAAUAGGGAACACUUAUUCACUGUUAACUACAACUUUCCCCUCAAUAAAUUCCUAAUUUGCUGCUUAUUAAUAGUUAGUAAGGUUGUUGUUAAGUUUAGGUAUUGGGUAGGAUUAGGGAUGUAGAAUAAGGUAAUGUAGAAUAAGGCAUUGAUAUGUGAUUAAUUACUACUAAUAAAUUGCUAAUAUUCUAGUAAUAUGCAUGCUAAUAAGCAACUAGUUAAGAGACCCUAAAAUAAAGUGUUACCGAUUUCUUUUAUUUUGUAAAAUUCUAUAAUGGCUGGUAAGGUACUAUUGUAAACGUCUUUGGAAAAGAGAAUCUGCUAAAUGUCUAGUAUGUACAUGUACAUUAAAUUAAACAUUCACUGUAUUUAUAUAAUAUGUUAUCUGCUUUGAAUAUAUACAUAUACACACACACACACACACAUGUCUGGUUUGCUAUCAUUGUGGGGACUCUCCAUAGGCGUAAUGCUUUUUCUACUAUACAGACCGUAUAUUCUAUUGCCCUACACCAACCCUACACCUAAACCUAACCCUCACAGGAAACUUUCUGCAUUUUUAGAUUUUCAAAAAACUUCAUUCUGUGUGAUUUAUUAGCUUGUUUAUCCGCGGGGACCUCAAUUUAGGUCCCCUCCGUGAUACGAGUCCCCAUGAGUCUGUGUGUAUUCAGGUUUAAGUCCCCACCUGAAUAUAAAAAAAUCAUAGUACAUCAAUACGUGUAAAUGUGUGUGUGUGUAUACCUGUUUUUCUAAGUCAAUUUCAGAUUCGAAACAAGAAUGUCCCACACAGUCUUGCCCGUGAACUCUUCAACAUUCAUUAUCCAGAUUCAACCACCAACACAAACAACACCAGCUGGGACUGUGACAAAUGCUCCUGUGCCGGUUUAUGAACAGGUAGCAGGAGUUUCUCCUCUUCAUGGACUUCAGGCAUUUCUGAAAGGCCAACCAAAAGCCCUUGGGACUGUCCAGAUAAUGAUUGGUCUGUUGACUUUCCUGCUUGGGAUCGUGUCUACAGUUCAUGCAGAAUCCAUCUUUGUCUUUAGUGGUAUUCCUUACUGGGGAUCGCUUAUCUACAUUAUUGCAGGUUCACUCUGCAUUGCUGCCGAAAACAAACUUAAUUCACCCUCCGGUUUGUGUUUGGUGAAAGGUUCACUUGGAAUGAACAUUUUCAGUGCUUUAACUGCAGGCACUGCACUUAUUAUAAUUUCAAUGGAUUUGGCUAUAGGACCAAUGUACCAAAGUUACUGCAGAUAUGACUGUUAUGAUUUAGAGGAAAGGUAUAAGACCUUCUUCUGGGGAAUUGGUAGUGUUUCACUGAUAUUUGCCUUGCUUGAGUUUAUCAUCUCCAUCUAUCUAUCAUCAUUUGCCUGUAAAGUCACCUCCUGCUGUUGUCCACAGGUGCCGUAUGUUCCACAAGUUUUACCUCCACUGCCCUGUCAUUUUAGGCCCUGUCAUUUCCAUGAUCUUAAGAGCCCAGAGAUAUCUGUGAUCAGCAACCCUUCCAUGAAUCACCAUCCUGCAGAAAUUCCUCGACAAUACAGUGAAAUGUAAAUAAAUAUGAAUAGUAAAAAAAGGGGUCAGUUUUUGUGGGACACAGGGUCUCCCAAUGGUUUCCUGUCCCUUACUACUAAUGUACUGUCAUUAGAAAAGAGAACAUAAAAGCAAAGAAAUCACUUCAUCAGAUUACGGAUUUGACAGAUUUUUUAAAAGUCACAUAUGUAUAAAUGAUAACUAUU